AUGCCGAAGGCAAAGCAAGCGCGUAAACGGACCCGCUCUACAAGUGCUCCUGACAAGGCAGAGCCUCCGGCAAGCAGCACGCCUUCCACAGCCGGAGAACGACAGGAAGAGCGUAGACGACCGGAUACGGUCGGGCUGUCUGCAGCAGCAGCAGCGGCUCCAUCGACUACAGAAAAUGGCAAAAGGUUGACGGCAGCAUGUGGCAGUCACAGCAAAGGGGAGGGCGGCGAAGAUCGCGGGGCCUCGGCAACGGGGGAACGCAAGGCGGCUCAACUCAUCGCGUCGCUCUAUAAGAAGUGGGCCUCUGUACUGAAAUCUGAAGUCGGACUCACGCUGGAGGGUUGCAACACACCCGAGGACCCAAAUGAGGCUCCCAAGGCUUCAGGUGAUAGUCACAGUUGCGGGGUUUUGGAGCUAUGGGCCUUCUGCACGUAUCUCUGUAGACUACAGGAGCAAGAUGUACCCCAGCAGGUGCUAGAGCCGAUUGGCCUGCGACUAACGGGCGUAUUCGAUCUUUUUGCGGAACAAUGUGCCCCCGAUGGAUCGCUGGCUACUCACGGCCGGCAUUUCUACGACCUUCCGGAGUGCUUGCCGGUUCUAGAGGUGGUGUCAUCACCAGGUUCCUCGUCGUUGAACCCAGCUGGAUAUCACAUGUGUAUUUUUCGUGACCGCGAAGACCAAGUGCCCCACGCUGUCGUUUCCAACGUUCCGUCAGAAGGACCCGCCUUCUCCGUCGUGUGUGCCGACCCUGAACUUCUCACCCUGCCAGAAUCGCCAGUCGCGUCUGGGCUUCUUUCCGAGGGACGCGGCAACAGAGCGCAGAAAGGCAAGAGGGCGGAAGGGAAAGCCGCAAAGCGCGGCGGCCCCAGCGUCUCUGCUGAAGGAGGGGGCGAACCGACCGCACCAGUAGUACCGCUCCUGCUCGCGGCUCUCUGGCUCUUCUGCGAGCGCAUCCUGGCGGAUGCAGCUGAACCUGCAUCUACAGAUCGGGCUGGGGUCAGAAAACGCACAAAAAUGGCACGAAAAGACUCGGAGCGAGGAGACCACGCACCCGCGGGGCACAGGCCUGCGAACCCCGGCGAAGCAGCCAAGAUUAAGGAAGCUCUCAGUGCCUGGCUCAAGGAGGAACUGGCGAUCGGUGCUGAUUCUGUGGCAACGAUUGAGGAGAACACGCAGAGAUGGACUACCAAAAGGAAGAAGGCCAUUGCCGCCUCAGAUCUUUCAGGCUUAGGAAUUUUGGUGCCCUACCACGCGGAGACAGAGAUAGGGUACAGGAAUCUCGGCAUCACAAAUGCGGGGCUGAAGAAGACCAUCAUGACUAUCAAGUCUGCUCCGAAGGAGCAGCGUGAUACCCAGCCGCUGGAUGAGCUGUUGAACCUUGCGGGGAUCGCAAUGGAUGAAGGUGACGUAGGCACCGCUCUUCAGUUGGGACGAAACCUGUUUCUCCUUGAUGCACCGAACGAAACCGGCUGUAAAGUCGUCAAGGCCGCUAAGCUGCUUCUCCGGAGUGCCUACAACCUGCUGGAGCAGCCCCACUUUGCUGAGAUUGUUGACGCAACUUCUGACAUUAGAAACAGGUGCGUCCAGCAGAAAUCCUAG